GGUGUCACCUGAGCUAUGCCCCGCUACUGCGCGGCGAUUUGCUGUAAGAACCGCCGGGGACGAAACGAUAAAGACCGGAAGCUGAGUUUUUAUCCAUUUCCUCUGCAUGACAAAGAAAGGCUUGAAAAAUGGUUAAAGAAUAUGAAACGUGACUCAUGGGUUCCCAGUAAAUACCAGUUCCUGUGUAGCGACCAUUUUACUCCUGACUCUCUUGACAUCAGAUGGGGUAUUCGAUAUUUGAAACAAACUGCAAUUCCAACAAUAUUUGCUUUGCCAGAAGACAAUCAGGGAAAAGACUCUUCCAAAAAAAAGUCUCAGAAGAAAAAAUUGGAGGGUAAGAAAGAAGAAUCAUUUACAUCAAAUGAGCCUAUGAAAAAUACCAUUAACAAGGACUUGCUCCCUGAAUGUGCAAAAUUAUUUGACUCAACUGCCUUGGUACGGCCACCAGCUCCAAAAUCAGAAAAUACGCAAAAUAACAUAUUAACUCUUAACCUGGUUAAACAAGAUAUUGAAAAACCACAGUCUACUUUGGAAACAUCAGAUGUAGGUAUUUUGCACACAUCUUUUGACAGUCUAAAUUCUACAACUAUUACUUGGACAACUGCAGAUUCAGAAGAUACUCAGCAGUCUUUGAAAACUCAAGAAGUGCUUGAAAUAGCUACCAGUCAUUUUGCUAAUCCAAAUUUUACAGAUAACUCUGUGGAAAUUAAGUCAGCACAGGAAAAUCCAGUUUUAUUCAGUACAAUUACUCAAACAGUUGGAGAAUUAAACACAAAUAAGGAAUCUGUUAUUGCCAUUUUUGUACCCACUGAAAAUCCUAGACCUGUAGUUAAUUCUUUUAUACCUGUCCAACAAGAAACUGUGGAAACGGAAGACAUGGAUAUUGAAGACUCCUUAUAUAAGGAUAUGGACUAUGGAACAGAAGUUUUACAAAUUGAACAUUCUUAUUGCAGACAAGACAUAAAUAAGGAACAUCUAUGGCAAAAAGUUUCUAAGCUACAUUCAAAAAUAACACUUCUUGAGUUACAAGAGCAGCAAACUCUAGGAAGAUUGAAGUCUUUGGAAGCCCUUAUAAGGCAGCCAAAACAGGAAAAUUUGCUAUCUGAAGAAAAUGUCAAGAUUAUAGAAAACCAUUUCACAACAUACGAAGUUACUAUGAUAUAAAGUUUUAAAGCUACAACUAAGCUUUUGCAGCCAAACUAAAACUAUAUGUAACGUGAACUUUUUCCUGUCUAAGUUUCUCCUUUUAAUGAAGCUAGAAAAUGCUCUAAUGUUCUGAACUAGAUUCUGUUCUUGCAGUGCUCAUUUUUAAGAAUCAUUGAGCUGUAGAGAACAGUUUCAUUCCUUGAUAACUUUCCAAAAUAAAGUUAAAAUAUAGUACGUAGUAUGAUUAAGUCAAAAUAAGAGAACACUGUGACGUGGUUAAAAA